AUGCUAGAUUUAAGAUAUCUUAUCAACCAUUGUACGUUGCCCUUACCUCCUCUCGGCCUCUCGGUUAUGACGAGUCAGACGGAUUGUAAUGUAAGCUGCGGAAUUAGUAGCGUGGUGGCAUCUUUUAACAAAUUGUAUUAAUAGGUGAUGCGGUAAGCACUCGUGUAAAGAAAUCAGAUUGCUGGCUUUGUAAGCACCGGCCAAAUACGAGCGAAGAUAAGAAUGCGAGCAAAGUGAACGCAUGAAAGGGAUGGCAAAACCCCCUCAAGAUCGAAAGAGUUUCCAUUAAAAAAAAUCAUAAGAUCCAAAAAAGGGUUCCACUAUCAAGGGACAACGGACCAAACAACAAAACAGAGCGUCCAAAUGUGCAGAACAUAAUAAGCUAAACUAAAAUUCAAAAGGUAAAAGUUCUAGCAAACCAAGUUUUUUGGUACAACGCUGCCUCAUCUAACCUAGCAUAGCAGCACGAAACUAAAGUUUUCCGUUUCUUUCUGCAUUAACUAUGUGGCAAAGACAAGAGAUGAUGAUUUUUAGAUGCCAGUAAGAACAGCUCUGGCAUGAAAGCAAACUAAAUGAUAGAAGAAGUUGUGAAACGAGCAAAAGUCAAAACAGCCGGCCUAUGCUGCCCCCCUUCCCAAUUCCCAUCCACCGUUCCUAAUGCCCACCCGCCGGUGUAAACAAGGCCUGAUGAUUUUACUAGUGCCCUCCAGUUUUGAUUGUGCUACUACCUGCCCUGUUCACGUCACCGGUGCGGCCACGGCGAGCACCAGCGCCAGCCUUCCGGUUGAUCCCGGACGCAACGCAGCCUCAGCAGUCCCCCUCCAGCUCUGAUGAUCUCUACCUACACUGAGUGGUAGCCUCGGAGCCAGAGAGACCUGUGGCAGAUGCGCUCGCCAUGGGCAAGAAAGCCGGUGAUGCUGAGCAGGCUGGACGCCUCCCUGAGACGUCAACCAGCAACGGCGCCGCGGUUCGUCGAUGCACCGCUCAAGUGGGCGCGGCUCUCAGCGCUAAGUGUGUCGUCGCGUUGGUCCUCGGUGUCGUCGUCUUCCUCUCGGCCUUCUUCAUGCUCCUUCAAUUCCGAUCACCGGGGAACAGCGUGCCUGAUGCCCCCGGCACACUCAUCGAUGAAAUUCAGGCUGGUUUCAUCUUGUUGAAGCCACUUGCGCAACUCACUCCACAUGCCGCCGAGCUACAACAAGAGAUAAACCGUCAAAUUGGAGUCCCCAACACUACGGUUUCCGUCUCUAUGCAGGCAUUAUUCCUGAGUUUCACUGCUGUAGAAUUUGAUGUUCUUCCUGACCCAAUAAACACCUCCAUAAGUGCACGAUCCAUGCACGCAUUGAGGAAAAACUUGAUCCAGCUUACACUUCAGCAGGUGAAUUUAUCGCUGACACCAUCGGUCUUCGGAUAUCCAUUGUGCGUACAGAUGAUGGGGUUCCCAGGAGGGAUCACAAUAGAAUUAGAACCCCUACAGGAUGAUUCCAUUCUACAAGUUGCACAGCCUAUUUUCAAUGUAACGCUUGACAUGAGCAUUCGCCAGUUGAGGGGACUGAUUGAGGAAAUGAAGGAGGAUCUUGGGCAUUUACUGGAUGAGGACAUAUACAUAGAUCUGACAAAUAAGAAUGGCUCAACGAUUGCCCCACCAGUUAUAGUCCAAGUUUCCCUCUCCCCAGAUGACGGCGUUUACGAAGAAAUGGGGAGGCUGAAACAGCUAGCUGAAAUCAUCACAGAAUCAAGUUCAAUGAACCUUGGCCUAGACCCAUCGUUUUUUGGUAGAAUCAAGGAUCUCAAGUUGGCUCCGCGUCUGCAAGCCCUCGUUCCGUCAUUUGCUCCUAGCUCAUCUCCAACGCAAAUGUCAUCCACUUCCAUGCCUCCGUAUUCACAGCCAAUGUCAUCCCCUUCCAUGCCUCCAUAUUCACAGCCAAGUAGAACCAAUCUUUGUGCACAUUGUUCAUGCCCUGCUUGGAUGAAACUAAAUGCAACCAAUUCACGUCGCAUGUUAAUGCGACUUCCUCCAAUGACAAUCUCUCUUCAAUUACCAACACAGCGUCAUAGCGGGAAUGGACCUGGGCACAAGCAAAGUGGCAAUGCAGUGGCAGCACCAACCUCCAUUGCACCAUCAUCCCAACCAUAGUAAGGUACUUGUGCAGUCGAGCAAGAUUCAAGUUCCAAUUUGAAUUCAACAAAAGCAGGCCUCCCAGCCUCGGGCAGAUCAGAAUUUGCAUGUUAAGACUACUUUGCAGCUUAUAUUACAGUGCAACACUUCGAUAACAUAUCGCGAGUUGCACCAAGGUUGGGAAUUUGGGAUGUAGCAACUCUAUGCUUAAACUAACGUCCUAUUUUGUAAGAAAUCUAGGCCAAGUUUAAUUAUAAACUUAUACUCACAUGAAAUCUGGAUAAAUCCCAGGGUCCAUGUAUAGUAGAAUUAGCAGGUUACAGCUACAAAAGUGGCUGCCCACCAUAUGUUCCUAAAGACAUGUUCUUAGUUGUUUAUCUGUUCAGUAA